CUACUACUCAAUCUCAACCAUGGCUCCACACAUCCAUCAUGUCUCUUCAUCGAAGUCUGCGGGAGGGAAAAAGGCUAUCAAGAACGAAAACACAGAGCAAGCUAUCCAGGUAUUCAGUGGCAGCAGCGGCACAGAUGUCAGCUCUGUCAGAAUCAACGUGGAUUCGCAGAUUCACCUCGAGGAUGUUGCACAGUUCGUGCAGUUUGGAUUUGAUGAACAAGUCAAGCAACUCGCAAUUCAGUCGGGUUUUUAGGCAGCGGUUGUCUAUGAAGUGUAUGGACGUGUCACCACCUUCAAACGGACAAAGAGAACCAUGCGAGUCAUGCGCACCGCUGCCUUCGAACGGGCCAAAACAGAUAUCGAAGAGCAAGAGGCGGAGGACCUUUAUGUCAGUGGCAAUGAGUCUGAGGAUGACGGAGUCAGAGAUCAGAAGUAAACACGUACACGUAUCAAAUUGUAUCUGUGAUGACUACACCUUGAAUCAAUGAACGCUUGCAAUUCGCUG